AUGUGUGACUGUGGCGAUGAGGGCUUGUCGGUCACGCGACGGGAGAGUGCAUAUGACAUGAUUCACGUGAAGAACGCAGUGGAGAUAGUGCUCGAACAAUCACAGCCGCUAGAAGUUGUCAAGAUUCAGGCAAAUGAGGCCAAAGGAUUUGUAUUGGCGGAACCGGUUCUUAGCGUUGAACCAUUUCCAGCAUUUCGUGCAAGUAUCAUGGAUGGUUAUGCGGUUGUUGCAGCGGAUGGAGUGGGCACGUUUCCUGUGGUGGAACGCAUCGCAGCGGGUGGUAUGCCGUUAAAAAAAUUGGAACCUGGUCAAGUGUCAUACAUCACAACGGGAUCUCCCGUUCCAGAUGGAGCUGAUGCUGUGGUAAAAGUCGAAGAUACAAGCAGCAAUAAAGACAGUGACAAUCGAGAAACUACAAUAGAAAUUUUGAAACCAGUAAAAUCAGGACAGAACAUUCGGGCAAUAGGAUCAGAUAUUAAACCUGGAGAAUUGCUUGUAGAUGACCAUGAAGUCGUGACUGCUGCAGAGAUUGGGCUGCUGGCAACGGCUGGAAUCACUCACGUUCAAGUGCAUCGAAAACCUGUAGUUGGUGUUCUGUCGACUGGUAGUGAGCUUGUGGAAGCUUUUGAUGAGACGACAACACCUGGUAAAAUUCGAGACAGUAACCGUCCAAUGCUGCUAGCAUUGCUACGUGAUUGGGAGGUCCAGACACUUGAUUUAGGCGUGUGCAAUGAUCAAAAACACGCAUUGCGAGACACGGUUUUUAAAGCACUCGAGAAUGUUGACGUGUUAAUUACAAGUGGUGGCGUAAGUAUGGGAGAGUUCGAUCUCAUCAAGCCUUUGCUAGAAGAAGUGGGGACAAUUCAUUUCGGGAGAUUGUUCAUGAAACCUGGAAAACCCAGUACAUUUGCUACAUUAGAACUAGAAGGCAAAAAGAAGAUGGUGUUUGCUCUUCCGGGUAAUCCAGUAAGCUCGUUCACGACAUGUCAUCUGCUAGUUCAUCCGGCACUAAAACGACUUCGUGGAUCACCUAUUACAAAGUGCUAUCACACAACAAUCUAUGCAACGCUCACACACUCGAUCAAACUGGAUGCUGAACGUCCAGAAUAUCAUCGAGCUAAUUUACAAUGGGACGGCAGCCAACACAAAUUCUUAGCUACCAGCACUGGACGCCAGAUAAGCUCGCGGUUGCUAAGCUGUCGCAAUGCGAAUGCUCUACUUUGUUUGCCAAUCGGUACAGAAGUGCGUGAUGGUGAUGCUGUCGCUGCUCUAAUUCUAGAUAGCUUUGGCAACGUUCGAAAUGACAUGAAUCGCAAAAGUCCUAGACGAAGUGUUGAAACACAGAGGUCUGAGCAAAUGACACCAGUAAAAUCUGACACUACCCAGACAGUCUUUCGUGCUGGACUUAUAACGAUUAGUGACCGUGUAUUUGCUGGUACAUCGGUUGAUUUAAGUGGACCAGCAAUGCUUCGUGUGCUUCAAGAAGUGAACCGUGUUAAGAUCAAGGUUGAGCAUGUGAAGAUUGUGUCGGAUGACAUGAAUCAGAUCCAAACAGUGGUCAAGGAGUGGGCGGACUCGGACACAGUAGAUCUGAUACUGACUUCAGGUGGGACGGGUUUCAGUCCGCGUGAUGUUACUCCAGAGGCAAUUAAAGGUGUGCUCGAGAAAGAAAUCCCUGGAUUCCCCAUUGCAAUGCUUGAGAGAUCACUAAAGAUCACAGCAAAAGCUGUGCUGUCUCGGCCUGUAGCGGGCAUUCGAAAAAAGACAUUGAUUGUUACAUUACCUGGAAAACCGAAAGCAGUUGCUGAGAACUUUUCGACAAUUGUUGAUGUCUUACCACAUGCGCUGCACCUUAAUGAAGCAUAA